AUGGUCCAAGCGCUUCAGAUGGGACCUCGCAGCACUUCGGACGGCGUCACCGCCGAGAUCUGGCAGCUCAUAGAGCAUUUAUUCCCUGCUGACAGAGCUCACCUCACCAUCCAGUGGAUCCCUGGACACUGCGGACUGGAAGGAAAUGAAGCGGCAGACGGGCUAGCAGGAGGUGCAUCGAAUGUCAUCGGCCAACAGCACGUCCCAGUCGACUUCAGCAGUGCGAAAGCCGCGGUGAAGCGUCGCACGAGAAAACGGUGGAAGCAGUCCAUCUCGCACGUCUACUAUGGACACAAGAGGCAAGCCAGUAAAACGGCAAAGACGGAACUCUCAGUCGCCGAGGAACGCAUCCUGAGCCAGUUCCGAUGCAAUGGCCACUGCCCUCUGCUUCAAACGUACAAAGCUCGAAUCGGUGUGGACCCAAGCGCAGUUUGCCCGAGCUGCAGGACGGAGGAUGAAACGGCAGAACACUGCCUCCUCAGAUGCCCUGCGACGGAACAUGCGCGGACCCAGCUCCUCGGUCAUCAGCCCACGCUCUCAAUCCUGUGGGAGGACCCCCAGAAACUGAUCGAAUUUCUUCGGAGUAUUGGCCGCCUCGGUGGUCAUCGUCAACGCCUUUGA